UAUUAUGUAUUGAUAUUUGAGUGUGUCAAUAAAUUAGGAAAACAAUUAUUGACGACCUUAGAGCUUGUUUACAUGACAUUACAUGCUUAUUAUGAUGUCAAGUACCAAGAUUGUUAGAUUUCGAGGAUCUCUCGAAACAGUAAGAUCGUAAUCGUGCGAUAUAUAUUUUUGGGAUUAACAACCUGUGAUGAUAAUGUGCUAAUUGCAGUUUUUAUAUUUCAAUAAAGAAUUAUACCUCAAUCUGCAUAGAAUUUUAAUAUACAAGAUAUCUGAAACGAGAAACUUGGCAUGGAAAAAGUAUUGUUAAGAGUGAUAUUAAACAGCGCCUUAUACAUAACGGCAAUAGCUUUUUUCUUUGGCCCCGAUUACAGAAAUGACUUUCCAGUUGGAUUUCGUUUACCGCAUUACGUUAUACCGGAGCACUAUAACAUCCAGUUAGAUCUAGCAUCUUUUGACGUAGAAGAAAAAAGUUUCAACUUCUCCGGUACAUGUGAGGCCUAUAUCAAGAUUAUUCGUCCAACGUGGUACAUAAGUUUGCACGCACAAAAGCCGCAAAUAGAAAUACAAAAUGCUACUCUCGUCAAUAAAGAGUCAUUAGAACUUUAUAAACCGACAAAUGUUACAUAUAACGAAGAAACUCAUAUUCUCGUCUUUCACUUUGGUUAUGAAUUAUCAAAUGGACAUUAUUUAUUAAACAUGAGCUUUAUCAAUUUCUCAGAUGACGAUAGAAAUAGCAUCUUCAGAACUGUCUACACAAAUAGAAAUGAUAAUGAAAAUAAAAAGUUGUUUAUCGCAAAACAAUUCCAUGCAAUUGGGGCUCGACAAUUGUUUCCAUGUUGGGAUGAGCCAGCAUUAAAAGCGACAUUUAAUAUCUCUAUUAGACAUCAUGUAAAGUAUGCGGCUUUGUCGAACAUGCCGAUGCAAGAUAUGAUUGAAGAUGCUGAUCACAUACUGUGGACAUACUUCAAAACUACUCCUUUAAUGUCUACUUAUCUUGUGAUGUUUGCAUUAUAUGAUGUGUUCCCUCAUACCACACUGUAUCAAAUGUUAUAUCACCAGGAAAUAAUGUUCGCCAGUAAUGUCACUGAUAUCAUCAUAACAUGUUUCGUAAACGAAUGGAAAUAUUCUGACAAUAUUUCAGAUGUAUAUCAUGUCAUAACUUCAGGUUCUCGAAAUAAUGGCACGGGAAUUAUUCUUUAUAGAGAAGCAAAUAUUUUUUAUAAUAAAGCAAAAGAUCCUGUUACGCACAAAAUAGAAGUAGCACGUACAUUAGCAUACGAACUAACACAUCAAUGGUUUGAUAAUUUGAUCAGCCCAUCCUGGUGGUCUGAUUACUGGUUGAACGAGGGUAUUGCUACGUUGCUCGGAAUGGAUAUCAUGAAUAAGAUUUUUCCAGAUUUCCGUGUGUUAGAUCUGUUCGUAGUCCAAGUUCAACAAGAAUCUCUUCGUUUGGACAAUUUUAGAUCGGAUAUUAUGAAGCCUCUUAUAUCAGAGGUUAACAAAACUUCUGAUAUUGAUUCACUUUUCUCUUUUUCUUAUUACAUGAAAGGUCCUGUCAUAUUGCGUAUGUUGCAAUAUUUUCUUACUGACAAGGUAUUCCGAAAUGGUAUUGAGAUAUUUCUUAGUAAACAUAAGUUUAGUUCGGCAACUAUCGAUGAUUUCUGGAGCGCUAUGCAAACUGCUCAUGAUGUAGCAAAAAUAUCCAAUAUUGAAAAAUUAGACAUAAGAAAGGCGAUGAGUGCUUGGACAAAGCAAAAGCAUUAUCUCGUGCUAAAGGUUACACAACCUAAUUUUGAAUACUUGGAAAUCUCGAUAGAAAAUAUUAAGAGCUUGGGCAAAGAUAAUUGGUUCAUACCUGUAAUUAUAACUAAACAGACGGAUUCAGAUUUUACGAUAUACAAAAACACGUCUUGGCGAAUGUACAAUAAAUGGAAAGCACAACCGAAUGUUACUGUGUCUAUAGAUUUGCCUUUAGCUCCCAAAGACGAUGAAUGGAUAAUAGUUAACUUGCAACAAAUUGGAUAUUAUCGUGUCAAUUAUGAACCUAAAAAUUGGCGAAGGAUUGCGAAAUAUUUGAACUCUGCAAACUAUAUGAAAAUACAUGUUCUUAACCGUGCUCAAAUCAUCGACGACGCCUAUUAUUUCCUGUCGAUAGGCCAACUCGAUUCGGAUAUAUUUUGGGAACUUACAAAAUACUUAUCGCAAGAGACAGAUUAUGUGGCAUGGUAUCCUAUGAUCAAAGCUCUUGAAGAUAUGUCAAGUAUCUUUCCAAUGUUAGACGAAAGAGUCGAUUUAGUCAAGAAAAGCAUGCAAGAAAUAUUAAAUGGAGUUCUUGAACAGAUUGGAUACGAAGAACGUUCUGAAGAAAACAUUCUUACUAAAUAUUUAAGACAAGAAGUCGCCAAAUGGGCAUGUAUUCUCGAGCAUCCCAAAUGCAUACAAAUGGCCAAACGAAAUUUGGAGCGACAUAUCAUCCAUUCUGAAAAACUUCUACCGUGGUGGAAACAAUGGACAUACUGUAAUGGUAUAAUGGCAGAGGAAAAUUUAAACGGUAUUUGGUCGACAAUGCUUGAAAAAUGGGCCUUAGAUUCUGAUAAUAGAAUUUUAGAAUUUCUAACUUGCAUUGCACAUCCUAAUCCCAUCCAAGAAUAUUUGAAUACAAAAACUCUACAAGUAUAUCUGGAUCUCAAAUUUUCUCAGAAAAAUAUAUUUUCAAAAUUCCAAGACAUUGAUCGUGUUAAUAGGUUUCUUAUGACAAUUAUGAAACAUGUAAAAAACGAUGUAAUACUUGAGUAUGUAUUACAGAAUUUUGAAGAAAUAAAACCCAGGGAAGUCAGUACGGUUGCAGCAUUGAUUAUUAUAAUUAAUCAUGUGUAUUCUGAGGCACAACUAAAGAAGAUUAUGGAGUUCGUGGAAAAUAAUCUAAUAAAACAAGAGAAUAUUAUUAUUAUUAAUAAUUUAACAACGAGUAUCUUCUUUCACAACGAAUUUGACAAGAUACAUGAAUAUGCGAGAAAUUUUGUGCAUGAACGAAUUUCGUUUAUCCAUCGCAAGAUAGAAAAACGCUUAUAUGAACUCACGCUUAUCCGAAAUCGAAUCAGAGAAGAGUUUUCAAAUUAGAAUAAUUCAUCUAUCUCAAAUCUAUGAAUAGUACAAAUUGUAUCGCUUGCAUAUAUCUAUCUUAUUUAUAAGUAACUUUUUUUAUUAAUCUUAUUUUCUUUUGACAAAUCUUUAAAAUAAGAUAUAUUAACAAAGUCUUUAAAAAAACCACUUAUAAUUUUACCACUUAUAAUUUUUUAGAAUAUAAGACUAUUCGAAAAAAUUAUCAUUUCAAACUUUAACAAUAUAAUAAUGCAAAACAUUAAUUCAUAGAUGUAAUACAUAUUACUAUUAUUAUAUAAAGACAAAAUAAAAGUGCAUUAUUCUGUUAAAUACAUAUAUUAAACUUACUUAAAUUAUUUCUCUCUGCGCUUUCGAUUCUAAAGAUUUGUAUUACUAUAUCCUUAAACACAAACGAUAAUUUUUUCAAAUAGAUACGUAUUUGACAAUACAAAAUGUAUUUAUGUAAAAUAUGAGUUUCGA